AUGCAAUCGGGAAGUUCUAUAGAAAUUUACCUGUCCUCCCCGUCUAAAGGCAAGCUUACCGGUGACUACCACGCCUGCGCAGAAACAGACCAUGCCAAGAGGGAAGGCAUGGUUGCUCGAUACGGAGAGAAGGCGUUCCAGUGGCAGCCGAAGUCAAUUUUUUUUCGGCACAUGAUCUGCGCGGAACUGAAUCUCAUCGUCACCAACACUACAUGUCAACUUCCCAGUUCAAAGAAGACAAAAUGGGUGCAACCGCCAGUCUACGCGCUCACCGGGAGGUGCGAUCACCGUACGGGGCAAAUCUGGGAUGAGGAGCUGGGUCCUGGACUGUACCUCCCACUGGGGAGUGUAUAUCGCAGUGGCUUAAGAUAA